AUCCACAUCAAGUCUGCACCAAGUCUGCACCAAGUCUGCACCUGUCCUCACCGCAUCCAAGCCAAACCAUGAGAGAAGAGCUCGCAAAACUUCUCGCCGAUAUCCAAAACGCGAGUGCACAACUCAAAAAAGAGGUGGAUGAGGAGCGAGAGAAGAAGAAACAGGCUGAGGAGAGAGAUGAGAGGAUGAAGAAGGAAAGAGAAGAGUUGGCCGCGAAGCUGCUGGAGAUCGAAAAAGAGGUUCCAACUGUUCGCCCUGCACCUGUCAACCCUACGCCCUCACUCUUAUACGCUUCAGCCUCGUGUUUCUCGAGCACUCCUCGAAUUCCACACCCUAUGGGCGCUGGUGGUAAACUGCUAAUGCGUAAUACGUCUACUCAAUCUGGUACGCCAGCCAUGCAUAAUCCUCCUCCUCCUGCGACCACUUUCUCCGUCGAGAAUCGGUCAGAUUCACAAGUUCCCAACGUGCCUAAAAGUUUGGCGUAA